AUGCCUGAAAGCUCCUCGAACCGCCCAGUUUCUGGAGAACCGCCCAUUGCUGUCUUGACCGACUCCCGCCCGACAUCCGCUCACAGUGACGAUCGGGAGGCGUUGGAGCUUCAUCGCCUCCAAACGCGCGAAGACGACGAGUUAGACUACUCCAACCCCUCGGCUUCAUCUGGGGAGGAGUAUCGUGUAACUACUACACAUCGUACUACCUCUCGGACUAGUACCCAAGAACGUGCAGCUGGCAAGGGCCCGUGGAGCCGGAUCUGUCGGUUCUGGUGCCGACAUGUCAUCUUGACAGUAGCUCAAAAGAGCAAUCGCGAUCAUUUUGCUUUGGAAAGGACAUUUCUGGCCUAUAUUCGCACUUCCACUGUUAUCGCUAUGCAGGGUGUGCUUAUCGCCCAACUGUUCCGCCUACAGCGGCCAAACACUGACGUCCAUCGCCUCUCAUUCCACGCGGUUGGCAUUCCACUCUCGGUCGCUUGCCACUUUGUUGCUGUUCUAGUCACCUUGGUAGGUGCUUUUCGAUUCUGGAGACAGCAAAAUGCUAUUUCCCGUGGUAAAGUGCAUGCUGGUGGAUGGGAUAUGAACUCUGUGGGAAUCUUUCUCUUCAUAGUGGGUGUCAUCGAACCCUACAUGUUCAAGUCGCAACCCGGGGCGUUGUUCAAUCGAAUAUUGCGGUUAUGA